GGCCGUGGAAUUACGACUACCAUUUUCUUGCGCGUUUCGAAUUCAUUGAACGCGCAAUGUCGAGCAGAGAGCUCUCACGCAGCCUGUGGAAGGCUGUCGACAGCCUGGGGAGCCGAUCGAGGCCCCAAUGCGAAUGGACGACUCGGCGUGCGCAGAAGAGCUUCCCUCCCUCGGUAGCACGAUGCAUCUCGACGACGACCGCACGGCGCGCAGAUGUCACAGAGGGGGAGAUACAGGAGCCCUUUACGGCUGCACCGCCGAUCAGGUUUGAGGCUGAUGCAGAGGACGGAAAGAAGGGCGACAGGAGCAUGCUGCGGACAUUGCGUGUCGUGCCAGCAUCACCAUCCUACUUCAGCGCAAAGCCCACCUUCACCGACGACUUCCUCGCGCUCUCGGCCCUCCUCCGCAAAGUCGCUACUCUGCCCGUCAUAUCGCCCGCCGAAGCACCCAAGGUGGCAUGGAAGACCAUCUUUCAGUACCGCAUCAUGACCAACGAGCCCGUCAAGACGCAGCGCUACCACAAGAUGAUGCACAUGGUACGGAGACUGAACUGCAUCAACCCAUCGGUGGUGCCUGAGGAGGUCACGCAGGCAUUGCUGCGAUACAAAAAAGCCAGCCAGCCCGGCGACAUCAAGCCGAAGCCUGGUGUGAUAGAUGAGCUUGGGCGAGCCAAGGGCGUUGGACGCAGAAAGACAUCGUCUGCGGUUGCUUGGCUAGUAGAGGGAGAGGGCGAGGUGCUUGUCAAUGGCAAGUCUCUCUCCCAGUUCUUCGGCAGGCUGCAUCACCGAGAGAGCGCUGUCUGGGCACUGAAGGCUACCCAGCGGCUGGACAAGUACAAUGUAUUCGUUCUGGUACAAGGCGGCGGCUUGACAGGUCAGGCCGAGGCCAUGAUGCUGGCAGUAGCAAAGUCAUUGCUAGUGCAUGAGCCGGCAUUGAAGCCCGCGGUUCGACGUGCCGGUUGUGUGACCCGCGAUCCAAGAAAGGUGGAGAGGAAGAAGGCCGGUCAUGUCAAGGCGCGCAAGAUGCCUACCUGGGUCAAGCGUUGAGGUUUCACCUCUGUGUAUAUUGUACAUGUAUAUCGUCGGUCACUUUGCCUGUUAGCGUAGUCGAAUUCAGGAUCGCCAAGUUGGAAGGACAAGCC